AUGGUCGGUUUGGCUUGUGUUGUGGUGCAAUCUGCAUACAGACCCUCAGUCAGAGACAUCGACUACAGGGUUCUGCUGCGCUUCCCACAGAAGGUCAGAAACAUGGGAACGACGGACUUUCUGCCCGUCAAACCCAGACAUCAGUGGGAGUGGCACAGCUGUCAUCAGCACUAUCACAGCAUGGAUGCGUUCAGUCACUAUGAUCUGCUGGACAUCAACACCGGACUGAAGGUCGCUGAGGGUCACAAGGCCAGUUUCUGUCUGGAAGAUACGGGCUGUGAUCCUGGAUUUCACCGCCGAUACGCCUGCACCGCACACACACAGGGUUUGAGUCCAGGCUGCCAUGACACAUACGCCGCCAACAUCGACUGCCAGUGGAUCGACAUCACAGACGUCCCUCCAGGAAACUACAUUCUCAAGGUCACAGUCAAUCCAGACUUCCUGGUGGCCGAAUCUGACUUCUCCAACAACGUUGUGCGAUGUGAGGUCUUUUACACCGGCGUUUACAUCCAAACCAGAAACUGCGUCUUAACUGGGAUGUAAAGCCCUCAGCCUGGAGUUGAAUUUUAAAGGCCUAUAUAAUAGAUUUAAUUAUAGUUAUUUAAUUGAAAGCUUUUUUUAGUAACUUGAAACACUCCAUAUAGCUGUUGGAGUAAUAUUAAUAACAAACGUACUGUAUCUAUUUUAGAUGAGUUUGAUUAGAGCAAGCAAUUUUAAGUGUUUUUGUGAUGUUUGCAUUAUAAUAAAAUGUAAUUUUGCUUUUAAGUUAAAUGUAAAAACUAUUAAUUAAUAGAUUAGUAUGUUAGAGUUUGUAUUUAUUGCAUUGGUUAUGAAAAAUAUAAGCAUUUUGUAAAAUAUACAGUAAUAAAGGGUUUGGUUUUCUAUGCAGGUUUCAGUUGAUAUUUCUGUCUUAAACAUCUUGAGAAGUUUGCUGCGAGCUUCUUUUGUCUUUGCCAUGAUUAUAAAACCCUUUGCAUGAACGCUGGACUUGGAUGAACGAGGUCGUUUGUGGUUUGAGUUGCAAUAAACAGAAAUGCAGAGAAUGUAA